CCUCCCGGGUUCAAGCAAUUCUCCUGCCUCAGCCUCCUGAGUAGCUGGGAUUACAGGCGCCCACCACCACGCCCGGCUAAUUUUUUGUAUUUUUAGUAGAGACGGGGUUUUGCCAUGUUGGCCAGGAUGGUCUCGAACUCCUGACCUCAAGUGAUCCGCCCACCUCGGCCUCCGAAAGUGCUGGAAUUACAGGCAUGAGUCACCACAUCCUGCCUGCUCUUGCAGUUUCUUUCCCAAAGGUCACACUCAGUAGGGAGAUGAAGGUGGAAACAUCCUUGCUGUGGCUUUCUGGCCUCGGAGUAGGUUUUAGAGGAAGGGGCCAGAGGCUGCCUAGUGCAACCUGGCUGUGGGCAGCCCCUUUCCUGGAGCCCUCCUCCCUACCCUACAACCUCCCCGCCUGGCUCCACAGCUCCAUCCUUAACCCACGAAAGGGGAGAGCAUGGGCAGAGUCUCCAUCCAGCAGGUGGGGGUUCUGGUGGCACUCCCUGUGCCUGCUGCUGGCCUGUGGGUCUGCCCUGCACCCAAGAGCCCCACGGCCCAUCCCCCCCACCAUGCCCAGGACCAGAGAGGUUGGGCAGACAAGACCUGGGCUGUGCCAGCCCUCUGUGCCUCGGUUUUCCACUGGUUACACAGGAUGGUCGCGUUUCCCCUGCCUACCUCACAGAGCUGUUCUGAGGGGGCAUGGAGGAGCACUCUGUCCCACCAAGGACAACUAGAAACCAAAGCCAUCUGACAGCCAGUGCGGUAAGGGCGGGGUGUGUGUGUGCGAGGUGUGCACACCCCCCAGACCUUGGCCGUGGACUGGCCUCACAGGACAGGAGACCCCUUGCAGAGCUAGGCUCAGCCCCAUCCGUCUCAAAGGUUAAUCAGUCACCACAGAGGCGCCCCUCAGGCCUGUGGCCACUGUCCACUAUUACGUAGACAGACCCCACCCUUGCCCAGACCAGUUGUGGGCCAGUCCCCCCCUGCAAUCUGGCCUGCUGCCUUCCUCUUCCAUGUUGGUCCCCUUGGCCACUGUCUCUGGGCACGCAGGCCAGUGUCCUGGUUCAGUGCCUCGGCCAGAGCUGGGGCAGGAGAGGGGCCUCUGGAUGAGAGCUGGGGGUGUCUCUGCAGGGGACUGGCAGCCUUGCCACACCGUCCUCAUUCCCAGAUGGAAAGACCUGAGUGCCUCUCGCCUUCCUCCGGGAAUGAAUUCCUCAUGAAAAUGACCAGGCCGCUUCUUCCGAGGGCCAGGCUGCCAGACCCACUCCUGUUCCUGAGCCGCCCUCUCCCCGAGACCUGUCCUGUCGUCCGCGGGUGUGCGGCCUGCAGGGGACUGAGAGCUGGGCUUGCUGGGCACCUCUGGAGUCUGACCCUGCGGGCCAAAGAGGCACCACUGUAGUUUCUGCAGACCCCCAUGCGGUUCAUUGUGCAUUGUUUGGUUUCUAGGAUGUAUGUGUUGCUAGUUUUUCUUUUUUUUAAUGAAACCCGGGAUUAAUGUAAAUAGCUUUUUGGGGAACGGAUUCUAACGUCACGUACGUGACCGUGUGGACUAUUUUAAGGUGCUGAUGCAACACUAAUAAACCUGGAGGGGCCGGCCCCGCCUGCAGUGUGAUUCUCUCGGCCGUCCACCCCUUGGGGGCACGCGGCGGAGCAGCGCCUCCCUCCCGCCCACGCACCCUGUCCUGGGUCCGCCCCGCCACAGCCCUGCGGCCCCGCGCGCGGAAGUGGCCCGGGCCGAAGCGGUAUCGCGCCGCGGCAAGGACGCAGGUGCGAAAGGGGCUCAGGCCGACAAACCCCAAGUUCAGGUCUGUGCUCCGGGAGAUCCCGGAGGCCGACGCCCGGAAGAGCCCGCGGGGCGGUAGCUGCCAUAGACCCGCUUAUGCGCCUGGGACCCCAAGGCCGCCCCCACCCCCCACCCGCCGCAACGGAGACCAGAACGCAGGCGCAGCGCAGACCGGAAGAGGAACCGGCGGGGGCGGGGGCCGGUCGUAGCGGAAGUUCCGGGAGAGGUGCCGGCCCCUUGGGCCUUCUCCACCUGCGGUGGACCUCACCGGUUCCCCUGUGGCCCCUCCAUCUGCGGCGGGCCUGCUCCUCCCUCUGUCUUCGGACGCCCGCGUACCCCCCACCUCUGACCGCCGUUCCCGUGUGCCCCGCCCCCCGCCGAACCCCAGAGUGCCCCCGGCCUCUAGCUUGUGUCCUUCUGAGCCCUCCUCCCCCGUCUCUCCGCAGACCUCGGCCGCGCAGACCCACCCCCUCGGAGAGGGCGGGCACAUCUCAGAGGUGUGGACAAGCAGCCUACUAGGGCUAGAGAUGGACAGCAGGAAGCUGUUCCCUCAGGGGAAGAAGCUGGAGUCGCACCUCUCCCAAGAGCACAGGCGACCCCCACUGGGCCCGACAGCAUCCUGGGGCCAGCCCAGUACCCAGAGCAGCGCUCAGCAGGGACUGCAGACUCAGGACUGGGUGUGCGAGCCGCCGGAGCGCAGGCGCCCGGGCCGCCACUGGAGCGUCAGCAUCGACGAGCGCCGGCGGCUGGCCAUGCUGGGCGGCCGGGAGAGGCCGGGCGCCGCCGGGGCCCCGCUACACUGCAGGGACAUCGUGCAGAUGGUAGCCCAGCUGGUGUCAGAGGACGUGGACAAGGACGUGCUGUUUCCCCACCCGCUGAGGUCCACCGAGUCCACCAACGCCUUCCAGGCCUUCCUGGCGCGGAGUGCGCCUUUCUGGCAUAAUGCGACUUUCGAGACCCGGGCCUCGAGGUCACCCCCUUCCUAAAAGCCCGACUCAGCCCAUUGUGUGUCUUCCAGUGCCUUUCCUUGGGGGCCCAGGGUGGGGGCAGCCUCUGCGCCUUCUUUGUGCCCCACCAGGGUUAUCACGACCACCCAUGAUGGUCAGGCAGAACCUGGCUCCGGACAGCCUGCAGCUCCUGAGGCCUUGGAGACGGAGCUAGGGGCUAUCGGAGGCCAUCUAGGGGAGGGAAGUACUGCCCCAGGUCAGUUUGAGGGGGCUCUGGCAAGGCCUGGGUAGCAGGAGCUUGCCCUCGGGACCGCUGGGAGGAGGCCUCGGGGUACCUGGGCCUGUCUGAGGUGCACUGGUGUCCUGGGAGGCCCCAGUGGCAGGCGCUGCCUGGAGACUCAGCUCCUUUGCUGGUCUGGUCUGAGGAACUGGGUACCUGCCUGCACCAGGCUGUGAGAUGGGCCAGGGAGAGUUCUCCAGGGGGCGGGGUCUCACAUUGGUUCCUGCCUCUGAAGACCCAGAAGGGCACACGGGAUCCCAGGGGUGCUGUGGUGGGGAGCAGCAAGCCCAGGGACCCAAUACGGUGCCCAGCUUAGAGGGAGGCUGUCUGGAGGCAGAGCUGCCUCCUGGCCUCUGGACAGCGAUGCUGGUGGUGGCCGAGGGCCAAGGGGGUAGCCUGCACAGGGGGUCUGAGCAAGUGCUUACCUGUCAGCUGCAGAGUUGGCUGGAGCAGGGGCCUGUGGGCCUGGUUUCCAGGCUGCAGGGCCCUCGGAAGGGUGGUGUCCCAGCUGCAUUUUGGGGAUACUAAGUCGCAAGAGGACUGGACCGGGAGGCGGGGCAGGAGGGCUGUGGGCAUGGGUUCCCAGCCCGGGGUGGGUGGGGGUGGGGAAAGGGCCCUGGACUCCGUGACUGACCGUUAGGGGCCUGACUGGGCUUCUGUGGAGGUGGCUAAGUGGAGGAGGCUUUGGGGCAAGCGGAGGUGAUCACUCCUCGGCCCCAGGUGAGGGCAGGAGCUGGACCUGUGCGGUGGUCUGGACCACCAGACACACACCUGCUGGCUUUGCUGCCCCCCUGGCCUCCACCCCUCCCCUUCCCACUGGUGAGAAGCCACCUGACUGCACGGCCAGCCACCUGCUGCCCUGACACUGGAUCCGUGGCCCGACUUGAAUCCUCUGCACCUGCCUGUGUCCCCUUCUUACUGUAAGACUCAGUGAAGUUCCCUCCUCCUUCGGGAAGUCUUCCAAGAUUACACAGCCAGGUGCCCCCCUUCUCUCCCAAGUCCUCUGAAUGUCAUUUGGUGCACCCUAGGGAUCCUCUGCAUUUCUCAGGAGCCCUAGGGUAGGUGGAUGGAGGGCAGAUCCUCCAGGGGCUAGAGCAGGUGUCCUUAAGGGUGUGGUGAGUUUUGGGCAGGGCAUUGGGGCCAUAAUGACCCACCCCCUGAGGUCCCUGAUGAUGAUGUGGGGAAUGGGGUCCUAUGGGCCCAGCUCCAUGCCAGGCAGGAAGAUGCAGGUGAGCCCUGCAUCCCCAGGUGUAAACAGGGCAGAGCGGAGCUGACAGGUAAGCAGUUGCCAUGGGGAUGGCGAGCUGGGCAGUCCUCCGUUCCUGGGUGGCUUUGAAGGGCCCCUCGUUAUGACUGUGACUUGGGGAUGGGUUGGGCUCAUCCCGCCAGCUCUCCUGCCCUCGUUUGGGUGUCUCCUGAGGCAGCAGUCAGAGGGUGGUGGUCCAGGACGCUGGCGAUGCUGGGAUGGUUGCCCUCUCUGCUCCAUGAGGUCUCCGUACAGAGCACCUCCCCCAUGGUGGCAGCAGAGGCAAAACCCUGCCCUCUGGGCUGAGGCCCAGAGCCGACCUCCUGGUGGGUGAGGUGGCCACGGGGCCAGCCGGCAGCAGGGUACUGGCACUGAGAUGCACAGGCCUCUCCAGCAGAGGUGGUGCCAGGACAGGGGCAGUGCCUGGAGACCGCCUGGGUUGUCACAACUGGGAUUUGUGUACUAAUUUUCUGUGGCUGCCAUAAAAAUUGCCACAAAUUCA